AUGGAAAACCAACUUUUAAUAUCUUAACCUUUGGACUUUAAAACUUAAUUCAGACAAGAUCAUAAAAAAGUUCUCAAUAUUUUUUAUGCUUUUAGUUGCAUUUUAGGCAUAUUUGCUUUACUAAUUACCACUGUUUACAUACUCUGUAAUAUGAAUGGUAGAACUAUCUUCCUCUUUGCUUUAUUAAGUUAGUUUUUAAGAAUACUUUAAACUUUUUGCAAUUAUAAUGUUACACACUCUGGCUAAUAUAGUGGUAGUGAAAUAAUAAGUGUUUUAUAAAUUCAUAAUAGUUCAAUAUGUAGUUCUAUAAGCCAUUCAGAUGAAACUUCAGUAGUUUAUAAUUUGGCUUUAAAAUAUCUUUAAGAUUAAUGUAAAGAUGAUAGUUCUUGCAUAAAUUUACCUUCUUUGCAUGUAUAUUAUAUCUACAGUGAAGCAUCCUUAUAAUUGGCUGCUUUAAUAAUUGCAGGUAUUUUGGAAUUCUUAUACAUAGUAAUAAUAAUAAAAAUUAAAGGAAUAGUAAAAUAAACAAAUUAAAAAAUAAUUAAUAAUGCUUUCAUUAAAAAAAUGUAAGUAGCUUAAACUUUGAAUUAAAACCAAAACGUUAGCAAUCAACCUAUUUAGGUUUCCUCUUAAAUAGUUCCUGGUGUAAUUGUGAGUAAUAACUAAGUUCUGCCAAAUUAAAACGGUUUCAACAACCAGUAUAGCAAUCCUUAUAAUUAUCCAAAUCAUGGACAAUAAUAAUAAAAUUUAAAUCUUGGUAUGUAGCAUUAAUAAUAUUACUAAUGA